AUGAUGAGCAUGCCGCCCCACUACACCCUUUCCAAGGAGGACAAUCCGUCCCUCCGGGAGCUGGUCGAGGUCUGGGCACUCUGCGACCGCUUCAUCUGCGCCCAGCUGGGCGACUACAUGGCCACGUGCAUCAAGACCGCUGUCAAUGACUGUCACUGCCUCCUCCUUAACUUCCCAAACGGCACUGGCAACCAGAAGAAUGUCACGUGCAGAUUUGCUGACGGAUACGAUGCCUUGGGACUGGCGCACCAAAUCCAGGAGAGGUUUGAAAAAUUGUUCGUCGAGUACUUUUGCGGAAGCAUGAGCUACAACACCUAUGUGGACCUGGCUGCCGACAUCAAGGACAGACAAAGCUUCAUCUUGAGCGUCUCCCGAGGUUUCGCUAAAGGCUAG